GUCCCGUUGGUAAUUGGGAUGUUAUUUAUAGUUUCUGAACAGAACAGACAAUAUUGCCUGUUUGAAGAAAUAUACAACUUCGACCAGUGAUGUAGUUUGGAGGCGCCUGCAGAGAAGAAAGAAACCUUCCUGAGCACAAUGAUGCAGUGUUACUGCUUUUGUUUCAAUGCGUCCCUGAAUAAAAACGCAGGCUGGUUCAGGAGCUGGGCCUAUCAAAAGAUUUAUUGAGAAGAAGUCCCAUUGACAGUCAGGCACAUGGAAACCCACGGAUCACUAUAGUGAUUGAUGUAUAAUUGCUGUCUGGAUGGGACUGUGCGGGAGAGAGGUACUCCAUGCCACUGGAAUUUCAACAUCAUGUCAGCUUUUAGGAAAUAUUUAUAAUCCUGCAUCUUGAAGAUUUAUGAUAUGAAGCAUGAAGGUCUGGCUCUUUUAGAUUUGGUAAGAAGCAAAGUAGAGUACCAAAAAGCAAAAUGCUCUGCAGCAAUGGCUAUCUGCAGCCAGCACUUUAAUGAACAGUGUUCCACGGGCUAUCUGCACAUGUGGAUCAUGCACUGAGUCAAAUGAACAUCAGUCAUGCAUCACCUGUUCAGUCUGGUUCUUGGACAAAGAGAUCUAUCGCGUGCUGGGGACCUUUUCUCUCUGAAAGAUGCUGAGAUAGAAGACAGCUUAUCAGAAGCGUUGGAAGAAAUUAAAACAAUAUCUUCCUCAGCAGAUUACCUAACCAAUGAUAAUGAUCAGGCGGUGGUGGAGAUCUGUAUCACCCGCAUCACUACAGCUAUCCGGGAGACUCGCUCCAUAGAGAAACAUGGGCUGGCUCUGGUCUCACUGUGGGAAUCGUGUCUGGAGUACAAUCUGAAACCAGAAGGCAAGGAUGAAGACACACCACACGCAAAAAUCGCAUCUGACCUCAUGAGCUGCAUCCUACAGAAUUACAACAAGCCUCCAGUCAUGGCUCUAGCGGUGCCGGUGGCGGUGAAAUUUCUGUGGCAUGGAAACAUGGAGCUGUGCAGGAACAUGUCCAGCUAUCUCUCUCUGGCUGCCAUUGCGAAGGCAGACUUACUGGCAGACCACACAGAAGCCAUCACCAAGAGCAUUCUCCAAGGUAACUAUAUGCUCCUGCGGGUUCUGCCCUCAGUGUAUGAGAAACAGCCACAGUCCAUAAACGCUUGCGUUCCCGAGCUGGUGGAACUGAUGUCCCAGCUGGAUCAGCCUGAACAACAACACCUUCUCAGACUGUUACAAAUGGUUGCCAAGCAACACCCUCAGGUGUUGAACAAGUCUGUUUCUUCGUUAAUAAGUUACCUUCACGAUCCCAACCAGAAUGACUCUGUCCUUAACAUCCUGGUGGAAGUGUCUCUCUCCCAACCGGCAGCUGUCGCCUCUUUUCUUCCGAAUCUGAAGGCAGUUGGAGAGGAUUUACCCAACCUGCUUGGGCAGAUAGCAAAGAUCUAUGGUGCUGUGGGACACUUCGAUGAGGAGAGAGCCAGGAGUUGUCUUGUGUACCUGGUGACUCUGUUGGCAAGCAUGGAGCACACCUUCCACCACACCCUCCUCCUGGAAAUCAAGGGCAUCACUGAUACCUUCAGCAGCAUCCUGGGAGCUUACAGCAGGGAUAUCUAUCGUAUGAGCAACAGUUUCACUGCCAUAGCCAAGCUCCUGGUGAAGAAGCUGGAAUCAGACAACACACCCACUGACAGGACAGACGAUGAAACUGAAGAAGUGCCAAAGUCUUGUGACUUGGUGUCCGCUAUCAGCGACGGCGAUGGAAAUGAGAAGCUGCAAGUAAAAAUCCAGGCUUUCGAAGAAAUAUUGGCAAGUGAGAACAACAGCCCGGGCCCGAUCCGCAGAUACAGUCUGGGACAGACCUCCAAGGAAGAAAGGAAAGAAAUGAGGUUCAACAGGUCAAAAAGCCUUGCUCUGCAUGCGGUGCGCACAAAGUCUGUGAACUCGGAGAAUGGUCACGAACGGGAGUGUGGAGAAAUGCCCCCUGGCAUCGUUUUGUCAGAAAGGUCACUUAGCCAAGAAAGCUGUAGGCUGCCUUUGGGUUCAGAUCGAGAUGUAAGUACCACAGACGUACCCUCGAGUCCUCACUCCUGUGCUGCUUCUAUUGUUGCAAACAGUUCAGCAGAAACCUAUGAAGACAGCCCAGCGGACACUGAGAAAUGCACCGGGGAACUCCAGGAUCCGCUGUUGCUGCACCUCAAGGAAAACCUCUGUACAAUCCAGACAUAUUAUGCUGAGAUGGUAAAAAAAAUCCCAGUUCCGGAACGGUGUUUAAUAGAAGAUUCCUUUCGAAGUUGUGUUGCACAGUUGUUCUUCACUUGCUCGAUGAAAGGACACUACUGUCUGUACAGUAAAUCAAGUUUCACCCUCAACAGUAGGCAGACGCAAGUCUGGAUCCAAAUCAUGCUCCUGUUUCAUCAGGGCCUAUCUUCUGAGCCUUUAUCUUCAGAGGACAAGUCAGUGCAACUUCUUAAAUCAAUGUGGAAAAAGACACAGCUGAAGGGAACACAUAGCUUUGAAACAGCAAUAAUACAAUCUACUUUUCCCCAGAAAAAGGAUCUGGACAGUGUGCAGAAGCACUUGAAAGAGGUGCGUUUCUUUGAUUUUUUUGGCUACAGCGAGGAAACAGGAGGUUGGCUGUGUUUCAUGUGCAACAAUCCUGAAAAGGCGACAGUCGUAAACCUAGAUGGCCAACCGCUCAUUGAAGGCAAACUUAAGGAGAAGCAAGUUAGAUGGAAGUUCAUCAAAAGAUGGAAAACACGGUACUUUACAUUGGCUGGCAACCAGCUUCUCUUCCGCAAAGGAAAAUCAAAAGAUGACCUUGACGACAGUCCCAUUGAGCUCAGUAAGGUGCAGAGUGUCAAGGUUGUUGCUAGGAAACACAGAGACCGGAGUCUUCCCCGGGCCUUUGAGAUCUUCACAGAUAACAAGACCUACGUCCUAAAAGCUAAGGACGAGAAGAAUGCAGAGGAGUGGCUGCAGUGUAUUAAUGUGGCAGUCGCCCAGGCAAAGGAAAGAGAGAGCAGAGAAGCCACAACAUACCUUUGAGUCCUGCGUGUGCUCUUAAAGACUGUUUCCAUUACAGUGCUGUCCUUUAUAAAAGUUUAGCUUAGUCAAAGUGUGGUAAAGCACAGACAGUUAAAAUUCAAUGACAAACUAUUGGAAUAGAAGUCAAUGUCUUUGUUUGUCAUUAAAUGUGUUUCUUUAGUAUUUAUAAAUUCAUCACUAUUGAUGUUUAAUACUUGUAGAUGAUAAAGCACAGAGAGGUAUGGUAAAGCAAUCUAAAAGACAUGGCAAACCAUGGUAAACUAUGGCAAAUGCAAAGUAUAACUGUGGGAGAACUGCUGAAUGACUGUGCUAAUUGACACUGUUGAACUUUUAUAAGGGAUGUUAUACAAGUCAAAGAACCACUCAACUAGAGAGAGAUCAAAAUAACUAAGGCCGAGGCACUUACAGAUGAACAGACUGGAAGUAAAAUGAUUUGAAACUGGAGCAUUUGUGUAUUGACUGUGAAAAGUUAAAGUAUUCUGUUUUGUCGACUUAAUAACAUCUAAUGUGUCAAAACCAGUUUGAUUUACAGCACCUGAAAUCUGUAAGGUUUUGUACAGUAUGGUGUUAUCACCUAGUUUAGUGAGUUUUGAGAAGCAGUUGAUUAUUGUGUUUAAUUGAAUUUAACAGGUAAUUCACAAAACCACUGUGUACUUACAGUAUAAGCCCUCCACUAAACCUUGUAAAUAGCAUUGACUUUAGAUAUGGUACUUAUUAAUCUGAAUAGUUAUUAUGAAGGAAUUGACUUACACGUAUAUUACUCCAGCAAUGAUUAUGUUAAUUCAAAAUGAAAAGAUCCAUGAUUUCAAAAUGCAUAGAACUUUUAUGAUUCUUGAGAUAAUGAUAAUGGUACAGUUGGUGACUGUAAUGUUUUUUAAUAUAAUGCACAAACAGCCAACCGGCUAUACUGUAGAAAUCUCCACUUAAUCUUAUUCUGAGGACAGUCAUAGGACACAAUCCUUGUUCAUUGUACUUCAUAUAUUUUCUUGGUAACCUGUAACAAAACUGUACUAAAAUUCUGAAAAUGUACAACGUGGUAUGCUGAUGAUUAAAGAAAUAAAAAGCAAAA